GCCCGCGCUUCUCGCCUUGGCCAUGUCUCGCCAGAGCACUCUGCUCCGCUUCUUCCCCAAGGCCUCCCCGGCACCGCCGCGGGAGGCUGCGCCCGCGCCCCCGCCCGCCCCGCCGCAGCCUGCCGCGGGGACCCGCCGCCGCGUUUCGGGGGAGCAGAAUGGCCGCGAGGCCGCCACCGGCCCCGCCGGCGCGGCGAGUAACGGCGCACCAAGCAGAGCCGCGGCCCGGCGCAAAGAGGAGGAGAAGAAGGGAGGAGGGGACGGCACGGCCACCAAGGCCCGCAGUGUCUCCUGUGAGUAUUCACCUGGUGACUUAGUCUGGGCCAAGAUGGAAGGUUAUCCUUGGUGGCCAUGUCUCAUAUACAACCAUCCGACAGAAAGAACAAUAGUCAGAGGAAAAGGGAAAUCUACUCGUGUUCACGUACAGUUUUUUGAUGACAGCCCUACAAGGGGCUGGGUCAGUAUUAAAUACCUGAGACCAUAUAAAGGUUCAUCAGAUGGGGAGACGCUGAAGGGAGGUAUGUUUUAUAGUACGAAGCCUGAAAUUAAAAGAGCAAUGGUGUUAGCAGACGAUGCAAUGAGUAAAGAUAAAACUAAGCGUCUUGAACUGGCAGUAUGCAGUGAACCUUCAGACACAGAGGAGGAGGAGGAAGAAGAGGAGGAAAUUGAGCAGAUGAGUGAAGGUGCGUCAGGCAACAGUGACGACUGCAAUAGCGAGGAGGACGUGAAGAGCAGUAAGCGAGUAGUGAGCAGGGAAAGUGCUGUAAAAGCCAAGAGGAGAAGAGUGUUGGAUUCUGACAGUGAUCACGAGGGCUCCGACGUGGAGUUCAAGCCUGACGCGAAAGAAGCAGCAAGCAGUGAGGAAGCCAGUAGUGGGGUGGAUGAAAAUGAAUCUACUGACACAGACACAGAUGCAGAGAGUGUUGCAGAAAGUCCUGUAAAAGUCCCUUCUAAACGAAAGAGACGAGAGAUAAACAAGCCUGCUAAAAGGAGUAGCUUAGAAAACGAACGUUCUGAAACGCCCAAAAGAGCAGCAACGGUUUCUCUGGAAGCCAAGUCUAAGCUGACAUCAUUUGCAGCACCUGAAAGUUUUGAGUCUCAAGCAAAUGCUUGCAACGGGGGCAUCGGUGGCUUCGCAGCGUGGGAACAUGAAAAGCUCGAUUGGCUGCAGGAAGGGAAAAGGAAAGACGCGCACAGGAGGCGUCAGAGCGACCCCAGUUACGACCCGUGCACUCUGUAUGUGCCUGAGGACUAUCUCAACAAGUGUACGCCGGGAAUGCGGAGGUGGUGGCAGCUGAAGAGUCAAAACUUUGAUGCUGUGAUUUGCUACAAGGUUGGGAAGUUCUAUGAGUUGUAUCACAUGGAUGCAGUCACCGGUGUCAGUGAGUUGGGCCUGAUCUUUAUGAAGGGCACUUGGGCCCAUUCCGGUUUUCCAGAAACAGCGUUUGGCAGGUUCUCUGAUGUUCUGGUGCAGAAGGGCUACAAGGUGGCUCGUGUUGAGCAAACAGAAACUCCCGAAAUGAUGGAGACGCGCUGCAAGUCGAUGGCCCACCCGACUAAAUUUGACAAGGUUGUACGCCGAGAAAUAUGCAGGAUCAUCACCAAAGGAACCCAGACCUACAGCAUCCUGGACUGCGAUCCCUCGGAGAACCACAACAAAUACCUCCUAUGUGUCAAGGAAAAAGAAGACUCCUCCGGCCAGCGCAUUUAUGGGGUCUGCUUUGUAGACACGUCGGUGGGGAAGUUUUUCGUGGGCCAGUUCUCAGAUGACCGGCACUGCUCGAGGUUUAGGACUUUGGUAGCGCAUUACACUCCCGUGCAGGUGCUGUAUGAGAAGGGGAACCUAUCUGUGGACACACAAAAGAUACUGAAGGGCUCGCUUGUUUCUUGCAUUCAGGAAGGGCUGACCUCUGGUUCCCAGUUCUGGAACGCAUCUAAAACGCUACGAGUCCUUCUCGAAGAAGGUUACUUCAAGGAGAAACAGGACUGUGAAAAUGGAUGUUCUCUGCCCUCUGUGAUCAAAUCCCUGACUUCAGAGAGCGACUCGCUGGGCUUAACUCCAGGCGAAAACAGUGAGUUGGCUUUGUCAGCCCUUGGGGGAUGUGUCUUCUAUCUCAAAAAAUGUCUGAUUGACCAGGAGCUGUUGUCCCUGGCAAACUUCGAGGAGUACAUCCCUGUGGAUAUUGACACUGCAAAGACUAUGAGUUCGAGUGGUUCCUUUGCCAAAAGUGACCAGCGGAUGGUGCUGGAUGGAGUCACCCUGAUGAACUUGGAAGUCCUGCAGAACGGAACCAACGGCACCACAGAAGGUACUUUGUUGGAAAGGAUUGACGUGUGUUGUACCCCGUUCGGGAAGCGGCUCCUGAAGCAGUGGCUCUGCGCUCCGCUCUGCAAUCCGAAAUCCAUCAACGAUCGUUUAGACGCUGUCGAGGACCUUCUCGCGGUGCCAGACAAGAUGUCUGAAGUCAGUGAGCACCUGAAGAAACUCCCUGACCUUGAAAGGCUGCUCAACAAAAUUCACAGCAUUGGAUCGCCACUUAAAAGCGAGAACCAUCCUGACAGCAGGGCCAUCUUUUACGAAGAAAUCAAGUACAGCAAGAAAAAAAUUGCCGACUUCUUGUCCGCUCUGGAGGGGUUUAAAGUGAUGACCCAAAUUGUCGAUGUCAUGGAGGAAGUUGCCAGUGACUUCAAAUCUAAAGUCCUCAAGCAGCUGGUCACCCGCAAGAGCAAGAAUCCAGAUGGCCGCUUCCCAGACUUGAGCGCGGAGCUCAAAAGGUGGGACACUGCUUUUGAUCAUAACCAGGCUCGAAAGACGGGCGUGAUUACUCCGAAGGCGGGGUUUGACCCCGAUUAUGAUAAAGCACUGCAGGAUAUUAAAGCUGUCGAGGAAGAUCUUCAGAAGUACCUGGAAAAGCAGCGCAAACUGCUGGGGUUCAAAUCCGUGGUGUACUGGGGGACGGGCAAAAACCGGUACCAAAUGGAGAUACCAGAAAGUGUCGUGGCGCGGAAUCUGCCAGAGGAAUACGAGUUGAAGUCAAGCAGGAAGGGCUAUAAACGUUACUGGACCAAGGAGAUUGAGAAGAUGCUGGCUGCAACGGUCAAUGCAGAGGAGCGCAGGGACGCGGCGCUCAAAGACUGUAUGAGGCGCUUGUUCUACAACUUUGAUAAAAAUAGCAAAGACUGGCAGACAGCUGUGGAAUGCAUCGCUGUGUUAGAUGUCUUGAUGUCCCUUGCUAACUACAGUCAAGACGGUGACGGACCACUGUGCCGACCAGUAAUUCUGCUGCCUGUGGAUAGUGCUCCUCCCUUCCUGGAACUUAAAAACUCACGCCAUCCAUGCAUUACAAAAACUUUCUUUGGGGACGACUUUAUUCCUAAUGACAUCAUGAUAGGCAGCAAAGAUGAAGAUAGUGGUAGUGAAGCUUCCUGUGUGUUAGUAACUGGCCCCAAUAUGGGUGGCAAAUCUACGCUCAUGAGACAGGCCGGUCUCCUGGUUAUAAUGGCUCAACUGGGAUGCUACGUACCCGCCGAAGUCUGCAGGCUCACGCCCAUUGACAGAGUGUUUACGAGGCUCGGUGCCUCGGACAGAAUUAUGUCUGGUGAAAGUACUUUCUUUGUUGAAUUGAGCGAGACUUCGAGCAUUCUCCAGCAUGCAACGGAGCACUCGCUUGUUCUUGUGGAUGAACUGGGCCGAGGCACUGCUACUUUUGACGGAACAGCUAUAGCAAGCGCAGUUGUCAAAGAACUGGCAGAGAAAAUCAAGUGUCGGACGCUGUUCUCCACCCACUACCACUCGCUGGUUGAGGACUACUCGCACAGCCCUGCCGUGCGGCUGGGACACAUGGCUUGUAUGGUUGAAAAUGAGAGUGAAGAUCCAAGCCAGGAAACAAUUACAUUCCUGUACAAGUUCAUUGAAGGAGCGUGUCCCAAGAGCUAUGGCUUCAACGCGGCGAGGCUUGCUAAUAUUCCAGAGGAAGUUAUUCAGAAGGGGCACAGAAAAGCACAAGAGUUUGAAAAGACAACCCUUUCACAGAGAACAUUUAGGUACCUGUGCCGGGUGCUGGACGGUGCCACAAGCGACGCGCAGGCCCUGCGGAAGCUCAUCGCCAUGAUUGAGCACCUGUAGGACGACCGAGGGGUGGUGCAGCGGUGGGUUCUCACAAAGCUGGUAUCAGACAACGUUAUGAUCUAAUAAACUUUAUUUUUUAAAAAUGA